CAAAUUAUUCCUUAAGAUAAACAGAGUAAUUAUUGAAAGAAAAAAAAAGAGUAGCGGUGCUCAUCAGAGAGAGCAAUGGCGAACCACGGUGAGCUUCCGAUUCCAAUAUACUCUUCGCUUGAACCGGUGUACGGAGAAGGAUCACAGCUUGAAGAAGCUAAGCUUCGAUUCGGUAAACUGAAGUCCAGGUUUCUCGAAGUAUUCGGUCACCCUCCCGAAGUCUUCGCUCGAUCUCCAGGGAGAGUGAACUUGAUUGGAGAACAUAUUGACUAUGAAGGAUACUCGGUCUUGCCGAUGGCAAUCCGGCAAGACACGAUUGUUGCAAUUCGAAAGCGUGACAAAGGAGAGGCUGAAAAGCUUCUCCGAAUAGCUAACGUCAAUGAUAAGUACACUACUUGUACUUAUCCUGCUGAUCCUAACCAGGCAAUUGACUUGAAAAACCAUAGAUGGGGUCAUUAUUUUAUUUGUGGGUAUAAAGGUUAUUAUGAAUAUGCCAAGUCAAAAGGAGUAGAUGUCGGUGUGCCUGUUGGUCUUGAUGUUCUUAUUGAUGGAACAGUUCCUACUGGUUCCGGUCUAUCAAGCUCUGCCGCUUUUGUUUGUUCAUCUACAAUUGCUAUUAUGGCUGCUUUUGGUGUUAACUUUCCAAAGAAAGAAAUUGCCCAAGUUACAUGUGAUUGUGAACGGCACAUUGGAACGCAGUCCGGUGGAAUGGACCAGGCAAUCUCCGUGAUGGCUAGAAACGGGUUUGCUGAACUAAUAGAUUUCAAUCCUAUUCGUGCAACUGAUGUGCAACUCCCUGCUGGUGGUACCUUUGUAAUAGCCAAUUCAUUGGCAGAAUCUAAAAAGGCUGUUACAGCCGCUACAAAUUAUAAUAACAGAGUUGUUGAAUGUCGAUUGGCUGCUAUCGUGCUUGGUAUAAAGCUGGGAAUGAAGUCACAGGAGGCAAUAGCAAAAGUCAAAACUCUUUCUGAUGUUGAAGGGUUAUGUGUUAAAUUUGCUAAGGGUCACGGUUCUAAUGAUCCUGUACUUGCUGUCAAGGAAUAUUUGAAGGAGAAGCCAUAUACUGCCGAAGAAAUUGAGAAAAUCACUGAGAAACAUCUUCCAUCAAUCUUGGGCGAUAACCCAACUUCGUUGGAUGUGCUAAAAGCAGCCAAGCACUUCAAGUUGCACCAGAGAGCCGCUCAUGUGUUCUCUGAAGCCAACCGUGUUCAUGCUUUCAAGGAAACCGUGGAGUCGAAGUUAAGUGAGGAGGAAAAACUGAAGAAGCUCGGCGAUCUUAUGAAUGAUAGCCACCACAGCUGUGGUGUUCUCUAUGAAUGCAGCUGCCCGGAGUUGGAGGAACUAGUAAAAGUAUGCCGAAACAAUGGUGCUCUAGGAGCAAGGCUGACCGGAGCCGGAUGGGGUGGUUGCACAGUGGCGUUAGUAAAAGAGAGUAUCGUACCCCAGUUCAUUGCCAAAUUGACGGAACAAUUCUACAAAUCUAGGAUUGACAAAGGUAUGAUCAACAAAAAUGACCUUGGUCUCUAUGUUUUUGCCUCAAAACCAUCAAGUGGUGCAGCUAUUAUUAAAUUCUAGUAUGUUUUUAACUUAAUGUGUACUCUUCCACUAAAUAUUUUUUAGCUUUGUAUGUGAAGAUACCAUAUAAAAGAUCAUAGAAUAAAACUCAUUUUGAGAUAGAUUAACAUUAUUAAAUUUCAAUAAGAUUUGAUUAUUUUUU